AUGCCGAUCACCUGGACCAACCCAGAGGUACUCGAGCGCCUGUUCAUCGCAACACUCGCCAGCUUCGAUAACAAAGUAAACAUCCGCUCAAUCGCCACUCUCUACGGCGGCGAAAUGACCUACGACGCGCUUGAGAACCGGAUGCGCAAGUUCAAGAAAGCAGCUACCGCGCUCAAGGACGAGUCCGCCGACCGUGAAGAUACUCCCAAGAGCGUCGCGAAGCCGCGCGCGAAGAAGGGCAGUGCUAGUCCGGUCAAGGGUGCUGUCAAGACCGGUCGCGUUACCAAGAAGAAGGCUCCGGCUGCUCCCAAGAUCAAGCCUGAGCCGAUGCUUGAGGAGGACGAGGGUAUGCAUGGUAUCGUUGAGGAGGGACUAGAGGCUGGUGAAGAGGUCAUUGACGAGAUUGAGGAGGAGGUCUAG